AUGUCAUUUUUAAGCAUUGAUUUGGGCACAACGCACAUCUCAGUUGUGCUAUGCGAAACAGAAGAUCAAGAAAGUCAACUCCAUCUGGUCAACGAUCCGGAAUCAUGUUCUCCCCGGAUCAAUCCAUGUGUGACUUACGGAGCAAACGGAUGGCUGAUUGGGGAACGCGCUCGUCGCGAACAGUCUCACGAUCCGACCAGUGUGGUCUAUGCAAUCAAACAAUUACUUACACUGCCACCGGCUGAGCUGAACCCCAAACUCGCGGAUUGGCCAUUUCAUCCAAUUGUCACACGUGAAUUGACCACGAUCAAAUUAGGGCAUCACGUGAUCCAGGCGAGUAUGUUUGUCCAAAUUGUGUUUCAUACAGUCGCCCAAUGGGCUCAGAAGCAAUUUCUUUGCGGAGAACCAUUUACGGAAGUGAUUUUAACUGUACCACAUCAUUUUUCCGAUUCACAACGAGAAUCGUUGAGCAAAUGUGCUCGAGAUGUGGGUUUUCAAACGGUUCACUUGAUCGAUGACCAAACAGCUGCCGCUCUAGUCUAUCAGCAACAGUGCAGAUCCAAUGAAGAGACUAAAGUGAUUAUUUUUAAUCAGGGAGCCAGCACGUUUCAUGUGUCCAUCUAUCGAUUCUUUGGUGACCAAAUGGAAGAACUGGGCACAGUGGAUGAUGGACAUACCGGUGGAGAUGACUACGAUCAACGCUUGCUGACUCAUGUCAUGAAUCAGCUAACCGUGGACUAUCCCGAUUUGAAACCAGAGCACUGUCCGACACGGUUUGGAGUGCUACAAGCAUGUAAACUGGCGAAACACGAUUUGACCCGAACUACGGAAACUGUUAUUCGAAUCCCAGAUGAAAAUCUCCCGGACCGGUUGACUCAAACAUGUAAUCGUGAGUUAUUCAAACGUUUGAAUGCCGAUUUGUUUGCCUAUUUACGCAUUUUGCUGGAAAGUCUGUUACAAACCUCGGGUGUGCGUCGCAAUAAAGUGGAUGAAAUUGUUUUGGUCGGUGGUGCCACAAAAGUCCCACGAAUUGAAGAAAUGAUCCGGGAAUAUUUCGGGCCUCGGGUGAAAAUAAAUGACCAGCUUCGUUUUGAUCACGUGUUUGCUUGUGGAGGAGCAAUACAGUUGGCUCACCUAAGGAAGUGGGAUAAAAUAACACUUCCCGAGUAUAUUGAAAAUCCGCCACUCGAGAUUGUGUCCGAUCCGUCCCCAGGGGUUCAGUCCCCGUCGCUGGCGAUUUCCUCCACAGAAAUCGAUCGUUUAUUGGAACCUGUUGGAUUUCAGGUGGAUGGCUUAGCUCCAGUUAUGAUGUUCCCGGUCAAUAGCUCCCUUCCAGCCCAUAAAGAAUCGAUCUACUCAAUCCAAUUUGAUUAUCAACUGCCCUCGGUGAUUCGAAUCUGGGCUGGGGAUGUGAUUCGUGGCCGAGUCCGAGACGACCCACUCGGUGUACUCAAGUGUCCGGAAAUCCCUCCAAUGCGUAAGGGAACACCGGUGUUCCGUGUCACAUUCACUAUAGAUGCAAGUACUCAACUAACCGUAUCCGUCGUUGAUUUGUGCACGGGGUCAGAAUCGCGACUGAUCAUUUCAAAGUUUGCGCCGAAUACCACAUCCAAUUCGACGGUGGAAUCGCGGCGUAUAGAACACUGGAGAACGGAACUGGAAAGAGACAUUCGAACGAUUCAAAACUCUUUGGACAGUCCGCUAGCACAGACACGUUUGUCGACAGAGCAUCAGAACAGAGUAAAGGAGAAAUGUGACUCUAUCCAAAUGUGGAUUACUUCAUCUGAGAAGAAAAGCGUACCCGGAUUUGAACGGAAACGUCAAGAACUAUUGGAUGCCUGGCUUGAUUGUGUUCCGUAUGUGUACUCAUAG